CUCUCCUGACCCGCCGCCACGCAGCGCUCCGCACCGCGCCUCGCCGCGCCGGGGGAAGAUGGCGUUGGAGGCCGGCGACAUGGAAGAUGGGCAGCUUUCCGACUCAGAUUCCGACAUGACGGUUGCACCCAGCGAUAGGCCGCUGCAAGUGCCAAAAGUGCUAGGCGGGGACAGUGCUAUGAGGGCCUUCCAGAACACGGCAGCUGCGUGUGCACCAGUAUCACAUUAUCGAGCUGUUGAAAAUGUGGAUUCAAGUGAAGAGAGUUUUUCUGAUUCAGAUGAUGAUGGCUGUCUUUGGAAACGCAAACGACAAAAAUGUUUUAACCCUCCCAAACCAGAGCCUUUUCUGUUUGGCCAGAGCAGUCAAAAACCACCUGUUACUGGAGGAAAGAAGGUUAACAACAUAUGGGGUGCUGUGCUGCAGGAACAGAAUCAAGAUGCAGUGGCCACUGAACUUGGUAUCUUGGGAAUGGAGGGCACUAUUGACAGAAGCAGACAAUCUGAAACCUACAAUUAUUUGCUUGCUAAGAAACUUAGGAGGGAAUCUCAAGAGCAUACAAAAGAACUAGACAAGGAACUAGAUGAAUAUAUGCAUGGUGACAAAAAAAUGGGAUCAAAGGAAGAGGAAAAUGGGCAAGGUCAUCUCAAAAGGAAACGACCUGUCAAAGACAGGCUAGGGAACAGACCAGAAAUGAACUACAAAGGUCGAUACGAGAUCACAGAGGAAGAUUCUCAAGAGAAAGUGGCUGAUGAAAUUUCAUUCAGGUUACAGGAACCAAAGAAAGAUCUGAUAGCUCGAGUAGUGAGGAUUAUUGGGAACAAAAAGGCAAUUGAACUUCUGAUGGAAACUGCUGAAGUUGAACAAAAUGGUGGUCUCUUUAUAAUGAAUGGUAGUCGAAGAAGAACACCAGGUGGAGUUUUUCUGAAUCUCUUGAAAAACACUCCUAGUAUCAGCGAAGAACAAAUUAAGGACAUUUUCUACAUUGAAAAUCAAAAGGAAUAUGAAAAUAAAAAAGCUGCCAGGAAGAGGAGAACACAAGUGUUGGGGAAAAAGAUGAAACAAGCUAUUAAAAGCCUAAAUUUUCAAGAAGAUGAUGAUACGUCACGAGAAACUUUUGCAAGUGACACAAACGAGGCCCUGGCAUCUCUUGAUGAGUCACAGGAAGGACAUGGAGAAGCCAAGUUGGAUGCAGAGGAAGCCAUUGAAGUUGAUCAUUCUCAUGAUUUAGACAUCUUUUAAGUACAUUUUCAAUAAUUUGAGGACUAAGCCUUUCUAAAAUAACAUUGUAAUAAACCAUUUUUACUGAGAUUGCAACAUUUUGCACUGAAAAACAUGAGAAUCUGGAGGAAAGAGAAUUGUUUUCUUGUUUUAAAUAAAGUAUGUGGGGAAAGGAAUGCAAUUGAUAGAAACAUUUAAAGGUAUCUCAUGUCUGACAAAAUACUUAAGAGUAUAUAGCACAGGAUUUAAUUUCUCAAUCUGUUGCAUGUGCUAAUUAUUAUGACUAUUAAUAGUUGAUAAUCAGUUUUGUCUAGGUCAUAACAUACUAUUCAAAAGUUUGUUUGCUUUUUCAAAUUUAUCUUUGCAUUGAAUUAUGCUUUGGCUUUAAAACAUUCCACUAAAAUAAUAACGGGACAUAUAAAUUAUUAAGCUGUUACAAGUGCA